UCAUCUUCACUGGUCGAACCAGCAGCCGAGAGAGAGAGAGAGAGAGAGAGCUAUAUCUGGUUGAUGACUUCCUGCCUCCAGGUCUGAGCUCUGAGUUGCUUCUUCUCCGCUAGUAAAGGCCAUAGAUUCUGAAGAAAAACCCUAGAGUCUUCUCUACAAUGGCGGGAACGUCACCUGCUGGCGUUCAAGAUCACCUCAAAUUGGCUAGAGACUACGCAAUUGAAGGCCUCUACGAUACCUCCAUUAUCUUCUUCGAUGGCGCCAUCGCCCAGAUCAACAAGCAUUUAAACACGCUUGAUGACCCUUUGAUUCGAUCAAAAUGGAUGAAUGUAAAGAAAGCUCUUACAGAAGAAGUAGAAGUAGUGAAGCAGUUAGAUGCAGAGAGAAGGGCUUUCAAGGAUAUUCCCUUGGGUAGAAGGCCUCCUUCUCCUCCGAUUUCUGCAAAAUCUUCAUUUGUUUUUCAACCAUUGGACGAGUACCCGACUUCAUCUGGUGCUCCGAUGGAUGAUCCUGAUGUAUGGAGGCCACCUAGUAGAGAUAAUACGAGUAGAAGACCUACAAGAGCAGGUCAAGCUGGUACAAGAAAGUCACCUCAAGAUGGAGCUUGGGCACGUGGUUCCACAAAAUCUGGAACAACCGGUCGUGGAGCAAAGGCUGGUAAUCCUAGUAGGUCAAAUACAGGAGUCCGAGCUUCAGCUGCUGGAAAGAAAGGCACUGGCUCAGGGAAAUCUGGCAAGGAAGACGCACUGAAUGGUGAUUCUGAAGAUGGAAAAUCCAAACGCGGACAGUACGAGGGGCCUGAUCAUGACUUGGCUGAAAUGCUUGAAAGGGAUGUCUUGGAUUCCACUCCUGGUGUGAGGUGGGAUGAUGUAGCUGGGUUGACUGAAGCAAAAAGGCUUCUAGAGGAAGCUGUUGUUCUUCCUUUGUGGAUGCCUGAAUAUUUCCAGGGAAUUAGGAGACCAUGGAAAGGCGUUCUUAUGUUUGGGCCUCCUGGCACUGGAAAGACACUCUUGGCCAAAGCAGUUGCUACCGAAUGUGGCACAACAUUCUUCAAUGUUUCUUCAGCUACUCUGGCUUCGAAAUGGCGUGGGGAGAGUGAGCGUAUGGUGCGGUGCUUAUUUGAUCUCGCACGAGCUUAUGCUCCAAGUACAAUAUUCAUUGAUGAGAUAGAUUCUCUCUGCAAUGCCCGUGGGGCUUCAGGGGAGCAUGAAUCUUCCAGGAGAGUGAAGUCUGAACUUCUAGUUCAAGUAGAUGGUGUGAGCAAUACUUCCACUAAUGAAGAUGGUAGUCGCAAAUUAGUGAUGGUUUUGGCUGCUACCAAUUUUCCAUGGGAUAUAGAUGAGGCGCUGAGGAGGCGAUUGGAAAAGCGAAUAUACAUACCACUUCCAAAUUUCGAAAGCCGUAAGGAACUUAUACGGAUCAAUUUGAGAACUGUUGAGAUGUCUACUGACGUGGAUAUCGAUAAAGUGGCGCGCCAAACAGAGGGAUACAGUGGAGAUGAUCUCACCAAUGUUUGCCGCGAUGCCUCUUUAAAUGGCAUGAGGCGUAAAAUAGCGGGGAAGACACGCGAUGAGAUUAAGAACAUGUCUAAGGAGGAUAUCUCAAAGGAUCCAGUCGCCAUGUGUGACUUUGAAGAGGCCCUGAAAAAGGUUCAACCCAGUGUUUCUGCUGCUGAUAUUGAACGGCACGAGAAGUGGCUUUCAGAAUUUGGAUCUGCAUAGGGGUAAGUUGAUACCAAAACCUAAUCAGUUGUUUUUCCACAUGAUAUGGUAUUUGGGUUGGUUGAUUGUUUGUUCUCGGCUUCCCUUACGAUACUUGGGCGGUGUUGAUUAUCACCCCAAGGGCGGCAAAUGUCUCCUAUUGUUGUGUUCUUGUUUAUCCCCCCUCCACAAAUGUAUUAUGAUUGCAGAACUUGCUGUUCAUUCAAUUUAUUGAUAGUAAAUUCAGAAUUUC